UUCCGCUCACUUUCUAAGAUGUCAGCCCACAUAUGUAAACAUGCGACGAAUCCUGGCAGCUAAUCGCGAUCCAGCUAAACGGCUCCGUGACACGUGUUGAUCUCACGGUGACUUUUUCUUCUGAAUAGUUUAAUAUUACGCUCCAGUGUUGGAGUGUGAGCAGAUAAAACCGCAGUUUGUGAGUUAUUACCGAGCCGGGGAGGCUAACUCUAUCGUGCUAACGUUAGCUAGCAGCAGAGAGCCAUGCCUGCUCCUCAGACCAUAUUCGUCGCCUCUCUUCCAGCCUCGGCUUCGAACCAGCGUCUUGAAGAAAUCUUCUCAGAGGUCGGUCCGGUGAAGCAGUGCUUCGUGGUCAGAGAGAAAGGUACAGAAACAUGUCGGGGCUUUGGCUAUGUCACAUACGCAAUGGAGGAGGAUUCCCAGCAAGCUAUGAAAACAAUAAAAGACUACGACGGACAGAGGAUCUCUCUUUCUGUGGCCAAGCAGAAAAUAAAAGAUAAAAAGAAAACAGCUAAACCACCAGCUAAAGAACCAGCUGAAGUACCAGGUAAAGAACCAGGUAAAGAACCAGCCAAAGUACCAGCUAAAGUACCAGUUAAAGUACCAGCUAAACCACCAGCUAAAGUACCAGUUAAAGUACCAGCUAAAGUAUCAGUUAAAGUACCAGCUAAAGUACCAACUGAAGUACCAGCUAAAGCUCCGGCUCCUAAAGUGAACGAGGAGGGAUCUAAAGGCAUCAGGAAGAAACUACUGAAAGCAAAGCUCAUCAUCAGGAACCUCAGUUUCAAGUGUUCAGAAGAUGACCUGAAGCAGGUGUUUUCCAAGUUCGGAACAGUUCUUGAGUCCAAAAUUCCCCUGAAACCUGAUGGGAAGAUGCGAGGAUUUGCGUUCGUCUUGUUUAAAAACGUGUCUCAGGCAGCAAAAGCUCUUCAGAGCAUGAACCUGAAGGAGAUAAAAGGGAGGCAGGUAGCAGUUGACUGGGCUAUACCUAAGGACAAAUACCUUGCGACACAGCAAUCCACCAGUGCAGGAAAUAAAACUACAGAGGCAGCAACUGUAAAACAGUCGGACCCAGAAAGUGAACCCGAAGAUGAAGAGGAGGAGGAGGAGGAGGAGGAAACGAAACCAGCUCCACCAUCAAAGAAAAAAGUCGCCUCUAAACCAGCUGUGCAGCAGGUAGAGGAAUCCCAAUCAGAGGAUGAGGAGGAUGAGGAGGAUGAUGAGGAUGAUGAGGAACAAGAUAGUGAAGAGGAGGAGGAGGAGGACGAUGAUAAUGAUGAUGAUGAUAAUGAGGACGAUGAUGAUGAGGAACACGAUAGUGAAGAGGAGGACGAUGAUGACGAUGAUGAUGAUGAUGAUGAAGAAGAGAAAUCAGCUAAAAAGAAAGCACAAAAUAAACUUCUCCCAUCUGAUGUUAAAGAGGGCAGAACAAUUUUCAUCAGGAACCUGUCCUUUGACACAGAGGAAGAAGGUCUUGAGGAAGUUCUCCUGAAGUACGGAGAACUUAACUACAUCAAGAUAGUUCUCCACCCAGACACCGACCAUUCCAAAGGUUGUGCAUUUGCUCAGUUUAAGACUAAAGAUUGUGCAGACAAGUGCAUAGCUGCAUCAGAAGACCAGGCCGAGAAUGGCGGUGUGCGUGUGGACGGCAGAAAGCUGUUGAUUGUGGCAGCAGUGACCAGAGAGGAUGCUUCCAAACUGAAGGUCGAUAAAGUUAAAGUAGAAUCAGGCACCAGGAACCUGUACCUGGCCAGAGAGGGAUUGAUCAGAGCUGGAACCAAGGCUGCAGAGGGUGUACCUGAAGCAGACAUGAUCAAAAGAACCAGAUUUGAAGAAAUAAAGAGGACCAAGCUUCGGGACAUUAGUGUGUUUGUAUCGAAGAAUCGUCUGUGUGUCCAUAACCUGCCCAAGUCGGUCGACAAUAAAAAACUCAGAGAGCUCUGCCUUGAAGCCAUAAAGGGUGGGAAGGGAGUGCGCAUCCCAGAGUGUCGGGUGAUGUAUGAUAAGAAGCCAGAGAAGGGUAAGGUGAUGGGACAGUCGUUAGGUUACGGCUUUGUCCAGUUCCAGGACCAUGAAAAUGCUCUCAAAACACUUCGUUACCUCAACAACAACCCUGAUAUCUUUGGGUCUCACAAGAGACCUGUUGUUGAGUUCUCCCUGGAGGAUUCAAGGAAACUUAAAAUGAAGGAAUUGCGACAACAAAAGAACAAGCAGUUUACCCAAAAUCGUCCCUAUCAAGGAGGAGCUAAACCUCAGGCAGCCAGUGGUGGACAAGGCCCGAGGGAAGGAGGAAGUAAACCACAGUCGUCAUCAGUGCUGGGAGGAAAGGAGAGCGCUCCACCUCAAAACCAGAAGAAAGACAAACUCUUCUCCGGCUUCCAGACCAAACCUGAGGUUGAACACAUUUCUCUGGAGAAUGGAAAGAAACGAAAGAAAGUUCUGAAUUUACCUUCUCAUCGGGGACCUAAGAUCAGAAUGCGUGAUAAAGGAAAGCAGCAAGUCCCACCACCCAAGAAAGCGAAACCUGGAUCCACCAGAAAAGAGCCUCAAAGACGACAAAUGGAAAAGCCCAUGCAGUCCAGAAGCCAGAUUAAAGCAGCUAAGCAGCCGUUCAAGAGGGACGGGGACCGCUUCGACAGCCUGGUGGAGCAGUACAAGAAGAAGCUGAUGGGCAACAGUGACAAGAGCAGCAACGUCAAAAGAAACAAGUGGUUUAAUAGCUAAUUAUGUGUGUGUGAGUGUGUGUGUGUGAGUGAGUGAGAGAGAAAUGCCCUUGACUCUUAGAAGUUACUUUUUUAAUCUACAUUUGACAUCUUGAGGUUUUAAAGUAAAUGCGAUGGUUCUUCAUACAUUCGUUUUGUGUCGGAUCGACCAGUUUCUCAUAUGUUAAACUGAACCGUCACUUAACUUCAGUCACCCUGCUCCUGCGUGUCUGUAAUACAAGUUCAUGUUGUUGGUUUUUUUCCGCUGAAUCAGACUGAAUUAUACAAAAAAUGGCGUUUCUCUUUGUCUACAUGUGUUUUUAAGAAAAUGUACAAAACCACCUGAAUGUGUGUUUUAUUGUUUAUCUUUUUUUGCAUUAAAUCCAGAUUUGUUGCAGGAUGA